UGUGCAUUGAAUGUUAAACAACAAAUACAUUACGAUAACAUAUUUGUCGUAAAUUUCUAUUACCAAGAAUUCGAUAAAUUUCAAUUUAUAUUGAAAUUUCAAAUACUAGAGUCGAAUUUCACGUAAAAUUCAAAUAAUGUGGCAAAAUUAAAACGAAAAUUUGAAAAGAUGACAUCAAGGCCGUUUGGAGAUUUGAUCGGUUCUAUUGACGAAGGAACAUCCUCAGCACGCUUCCUUUUAUUUAAAGCUGGAACAGCAGAUAUCGUUUGUUAUCAUCAAAAAGAAUUAAGCAGUGUUACACCAAACGAAGGAUGGGUCGAACAGGAUCCAAUGGAAAUUUUGAACAUCGUGCUCGAAUGCAUUGAAAAAACGAUUGAAAAGUUGAUCUCGCUUGGCGGCAGUGCAAGUGAUAUUGUAGCCGUGGGCGUGACCAAUCAAAGAGAAUCAACAAUUAUUUGGAAUCGUCACACGGGUAAACCAAUGCACAAUUCCAUUGUUUGGUUAGAUGCUCGUACAUCAAGUACCGUCGAUCAAUUGACUGCAAAAUCAAGUAAAAAAGAAACCGACUACUUACAAAAACUAUGCGGAUUACCGCUGUCAACUUAUUUUUCUGGUGUAAAAUUGCGAUGGUUAAAGGACAAUGUGCCGCUCAUAGAUGACGCCAUGAAUAAAGGUGAUUGUUUAUUUGGCACCGUCGAUUCAUGGCUAUUGUAUAAUUUAACGGGUGGCGUUCAUGUAACUGAUGUUACAAAUGCAUCUCGCACAAUGCUCAUGAAUAUUGCAACGUGCAAAUGGGAUCCAGAACUGUUAGAGUUCUUUGAUCUGCCAGCCUCAAUGUUGCCCGACAUUCGGUCCAGUUCCGAAGUGUAUGGGACAUUUUCUGAUGGUCCAUUGAAAGGUAUUCCACUAUGUGGAUGUCUUGGUGACCAACAAGCUGCUCUGGUUGGACAACAAUGCUUGGAAAAGGGACAAACCAAAUCAACUUAUGGAACUGGCUGCUUUUUAUUAUACAAUACAGGAAAUGAAUAUGUUCUAUCGAAACAUGGCCUUUUAACCACAGUUGCCUAUCAAUUUGGGCCAAAUGCCAAGCCAACAUAUGCAUUAGAAGGAUCAGUUGCUAUUGCUGGUGCAGCCAUAACGUGGCUACGAGAUAACUUGGACGUUAUUCAAGAUGUGAAAGAAUUAACUGAACUACUCGAAACGGUUGAAGACAGCGGCGAUGUGUACUUCGUGCCAGCAUUUUCCGGUCUUUAUGCUCCGUACUGGAAAAAAGAAGCUCGAGGUGUAAUCUAUGGCUUAACUGAGAAUACUCAACGCGGUCAUAUUGUAAGGGCAACACUCGAAGCUGUUUGCUUUCAAGUACGUGACAUUCUCGGUGCAAUGACAAAAGAUUGCAAUUUCCAUUUGGUCCGAUUACAAGUGGACGGUGGCAUGACGGCAAAUAAGCUUCUGCUUCAGUUGCAAGCCGACUUGGUGGGACUCGAAGUCAUUCGACCGCAAAUGGCAGAAUCGACAGCACUGGGAGCAGCGAUAGCAGCUGGAAGAGCCAUCAACAAAUGGGAUAUCACGAAAAAAAUACCCAUUGAAGAGACGACUAUAAAACCAAAAAUUACCGAAGAAGAACGUAACCAUCGAUACGAGCAAUGGAAGAAAGCUAUUGAACGAUCACUCGAUUGGGACGUCUAAUGCAUUUUUUUUUUGUUUCAAUUUUUUUACCUCAUAAAUUUUGGUAUGGGUGUUGUAUACAAUAUAGUGAAUAAAAUUUACAAUCGAUUCUACGUUUCGUUUGAAAAUCGUUGUAUAGCACGUAGCAAA